CCUUCCGCGUGCUCUGUAGAGGCGACGCGUGUGCCGCUAUCAUGGCGCUCUACAACUUUAAAAAGAUUAUGGUGGUUCCCACCGCAAAGGACUUCAUAGAUGUGACUCUAUCGAAAACCCAGCGGAAAACCCCCACUGUAAUACACAAACAUUACCAGAUCCACAGAAUAAGACAUUUCUAUAUGCGCAAAGUUAAAUUCACCCAGCAGAAUUACCACGAUCGACUGUCACAGAUCCUCACAGACUUCCCCAAACUAGACGACAUCCACCCAUUCUACGCUGAUCUGAUGAACGUGCUGUACGAUAAAGAUCAUUAUAAACUGGCCCUGGGUCAGAUCAACAUUGCUAAGAACCUCAUUGAUAAUGUUGCUAAAGAUUAUGUUCGUCUGAUGAAGUAUGGAGACUCGCUGUAUCGCUGUAAACAGCUGAAACGGGCCGCUCUGGGUCGCAUGUGCACCAUCUUAAAGCGACAGAAACAGAGCCUGGAGUAUUUAGAGCAAGUUCGUCAGCAUCUGUCCCGUUUGCCCACUAUUGACCCAAACACCAGAACUCUCCUGCUUUGUGGAUACCCAAACGUCGGCAAGUCCAGCUUUAUCAACAAGGUGACCCGUGCUGAUGUUGAGGUCCAGCCGUACGCCUUCACCACCAAAUCUUUGUUUGUGGGUCAUAUGGAUUAUAAAUACUUGCGCUGGCAGGUGGUUGACACCCCUGGUAUUCUGGAUCAUCCUCUUGAGGAAAGGAACACCAUAGAAAUGCAGGCCAUCACGGCUCUGGCUCAUCUGCGUGCUGCUGUCCUCUAUGUCAUGGAUGUUUCAGAGCAGUGCGGACACACACUCUCACAACAGCUAGAGCUGUUCAACAACAUACGGCCACUUUUUGCCAACAAGCCUCUGAUCGUGAUGGCCAAUAAGUGUGAUGUGAGGAAGAUCAGUGAACUUUCUGAGGAGAAUCAGAAAAUCUUUGCCGAUCUCACCGCUGAGGGGGUCGACGUAAUUGAGACCAGCUCUCUGACAGAAGAGGGAGUGAUGCAGGUGAAGACUGAGGCAUGUGAUCGCCUACUAACUCACCGUGUAGACACAAAGAUGAAAAGCAAGAAGGUGCACGAUGUGUUGAACAGACUCCACCUGGCGAUUCCCACUAAGAGAGAUGAGAAGGCAAGACCUCCAUUUAUUCCUGAGGGUGCUUUGCUCCGUAAGAAGGCGAUGGAAACAGAUGCUCCCAAACGCAAACUGGAGAGAGACCUGGAAGUCGAGCUGGGAGACGAUUACAUACUGGAUCUACAGAAAUACUGGGAUUUGAUGAAUCCAGACGAGAAGCAGGAUAAGAUUCCUGAGAUUUGGGAGGGUCACAAUAUUGCUGAUUACAUCGACCCGGAGAUCAUGAAGAGGCUGGAGGAUUUGGAGCAGGAGGAGGAGCUGCGUGAGAAGGCUGGAGAGUACGACUCUGAGGAGGAGAGCGAGGAUGAAGAGAUGCAGGAGAUCCGUCAUUUGGCCAGUCAGAUUCGGGAAAAACGCAAGCUCAAGAUAAUCGCAUCCAAAGAGAAAGACACCAAUGGACCAAGACUACCUCGCACCGCCAAGAAGGUGGAGAGAGCGACUCUGGAGAAGGAGAUGUCUGAUCUUGGUUUGGACAUGAACAAUAAAGAUGAUAGCCACUAUGCUCGAAGGUCUCGCUCUCUGGUCCGAAAGAGGAAGAGGGAAGUUUCCGCUCCACCAACAUCACGCACUCGCAGCCAAAGCGCAUCCAGACCACCCAGAGACCAAUCAGGAGUCAGAGAUGCCAAGAUGCUGAAGAAGGUGAAGACUAUGAUGAAGAGCUCACAGAAGGGGAUGAACCGAGAGGGCAGAAAGGGUGAAUCUGAUCGUCACGUGUUUGAUGUCAAACCCAAACAUCUGCUUGCUGGAAAAAGGAAAUCUGGCUCCACCAGCCGCAGAUAAAUUAAGCCUUAUUCAAUCUGAUGUACUCAUAUCUGUCCUUCUGCCAUGAUAAAUAAAUGUUAUAUUCUCUACAUUUAAUAGUUCUCUCUGAUGCUGGUGAUCGUUCAUCUGUAAACACGAACGAAUGUUAGGUUUUGAAACGUAUGUAAGGCAUCAUUCAGUGACUGAAAUCAUCCACAAUGAUAAUGGACCUGUACAGGAUCAUGAUAUUUUCAACUGUUCAUUAUUUACAGAACAAAAGAUCUGAAGUAAUUGUUUGCAGUGGGAGUCAAAUAAACCACCUCAAUUGCUAAA